UCUAAAGGCUUGACCUUUCUCUUUCCCUUCGCUCUUUUCUUCUAUUUGUGAGAUUCGACAAUGAAUUCCGAGCGUUAAUUUCCAUAAAUUCGUCAUCUUUUUCUUGUCUGAUGAUUCCUCAAGAAUCCAACUGUUGAUCCCCGUGGUCGCUUCGGACCGUGAACAUCGUAUCUAUCUCCACGACCCACCAAUUUUCGUACACCUGGAUACAAAUCUGUUUCGUCCCCGUUUGAGGGACUCUCGGGAUCGUCGCUUUUCUGCAUCUGCACGCGUUCUUGGGGACGAGCGAGUGCGAGGGGCUCCGCAAUCUUGGAAUUCCUCUUUUUGUUUUCCUCGCAGUUCUACGCCCGAUCGGUCCUAUGACGGCUCUUUGAUUUGAUCGGGGCCAGAGACUCCGUUAUUUCGGGUUCCGGAUUGGCGGGUGUUCGAUUCUCGGAUCAAUUUUAUUUUUUUGUUGCGACCGCUGAAUCAACUGCGCAACUUUUUCCAGGUGCCUCAUGGCAGCUAAGGGCCCAAAUGAGAGAAGAAGUAGGAGUUCGAUGCCUAUAUUUGUCGUAGUUGGUUUGUGCUGUGUCUUCUAUAUUUUGGGUGCAUGGCAGCGAAGUGGUUUUGGAAAAGGAGACAGCAUUGCAGUUGAAAUCACCAAGCAGGCAGAUUGCAGUAUCCUCUCCAAUCUACACUAUGAAACCCAUCAAGGUGAUGCCCGGAUAGCAGAAGAUUCCGACACGGACAUCAAGGAAUUCAAGCCAUGUGAUGAUCAAUAUAUUGAUUACACACCAUGUCAGGACCAAAUGCGGGCUAUGACUUUCCCUCGAGAAAAUAUGAAUUACAGAGAGAGGCACUGUCCCACUGAAGAAGGGAAGCUGCGUUGCCUUGUCCCAGCACCCAAAGGAUAUAUGACCCCAUUCCCAUGGCCCAAGAGCCGUGACUAUGUUCCUUUUGCCAAUGCACCGUACAAGAGCUUAACUGUUGAAAAGGCUGUCCAGAACUGGAUCCAGUAUGAGGGCAAUGUGUUCAGAUUUCCAGGAGGCGGAACGCAGUUUCCAAAUGGGGCUGAUGCUUAUAUUGAAGAACUUGCUUCUAUCAUCCCGUUGGAUAAUGGGGUGGUUAGGACUGCACUAGACACUGGAUGCGGGGUUGCAAGUUGGGGUGCUUACCUGUUUAAGAAAAAUGUUGUAGCCAUGUCAUUUGCACCAAGAGACUCUCAUGAAGCUCAAGUCCAGUUUGCCCUGGAAAGAGGUGUCCCUGCUGUUAUUGGAGUUCUUGGGACCAUAAAACUGCCAUAUCCAUCUAGAGCUUUUGACAUGGCUCACUGCUCUCGCUGCUUGAUACCAUGGGCUUCCAAUGAUGGAAUGUACAUGAUGGAAGUUGAUCGAGUUCUUAGACCCGGUGGUUAUUGGGUGCUUUCUGGUCCUCCCAUUAACUGGAUCAACAAUUACCAAGCAUGGCAGCGUCCAAAAGAGGAACUUGAGGAGGAACAAAGGAAAAUUGAAGAGACUGCCAAACGUCUUUGCUGGGAGAAGAAGCAUGAGAAGGGAGAAAUUGCAAUAUGGCAAAAGAGAACCAGCUAUGAUUCUUGCCAUGGCAAAGAUCUGGAGUCCACAGUAUGCAAAUCCACAAAUCUAGAUGAUGUUUGGUACAAGAAAAUGGAGGUAUGUGUUACUCCUUACCCUGAAACUACUGACCCAGAAGAAGUUGCGGUUGGGGCAUGGAAGCCAUUUCCAGAAAGAUUAAAUGCCGUUCCAUACAGAGUUUCCAGUGGCUCAGUACCUGGAGUGUCAGCUGAUUCAUUCCAGGAUGACAACAAGACAUGGAGGAAACAUGUAAACUUUUACAAGACAGAGAACAAGAUUAUUGGUUCAGGGAGGUAUCGGAACAUCAUGGACAUGAAUGCUGGUCUGGGGAGUUUUGCUGCAGCUCUGGAAUCUCCGAAGCUAUGGGUCAUGAAUGUCAUGCCCACAAUAGCUAAGAGAGACGCUCUCGGUGUUAUUUAUGAGCGUGGGCUGAUAGGCAUAUAUCAUGAUUGGUGCGAAGCCUUCUCCACAUAUCCGAGGACAUAUGAUCUCAUUCACGCGCAUGGAGUUUUCAGCUUGUACAAGGAUAAGUGUAACAUGGAAGACAUUCUCCUCGAGAUGGAUCGUAUCCUCCGACCUGAAGGAGCAGUCAUAUUCCGGGACAAAGUGGAUGUGCUACUGAAGGUGAAGAGGAUUGUGGCAGGAAUGAGGUGGAACACAAAGAUGGUGGAUCAUGAGGAUGGUCCUCUGAUCACCGAGAAAGUUCUCUUCGCUGUCAAACGAUACUGGGUUGCCGGCGAAAGCAGCUCUAUGUCCGCACCGCAGAUGGGUUAAAAAGAAAGGACGACUAGAGUGCUGUUCUUGCAUGAACACUGCUGCUUUAGCUGUUUAGCGACAGAGAAACUCAUUCUGAGUCACUUGCACGUCCACAGAGAGAGGUGAGAUAAGGCGCACCCUCCUACCUUUAUGUAUAGGUGGCCCUAAUUCUUCAAACAGGCUGAAGUCCUUUAGCUUUUUCCUUUUUUCCUUUUCGGCUUCUUCAAAUUCUUUUUCUUCCUGAUGAAUUUUGCAGUACUGUUAAUGCUAACUUAGGCCUGUAUGCAUCUCCCUCGAACGCGACUCGUUAGCAUAUUCUGUUUGAGGGAAGCUACCGGCAUCUCCUUUGUAAUUCCACUUUGAGAUUUCCGGUACCAUCAUUUGUUAUC